CUGCUGGCCCUGAAAAUCGCCAGACGGCAGUCAAGAAAUGGUCAGCAAUUGGAGACUGGGGAGGUUUCCGAUACAGCUACCCCUGCAGCAGUCCCGGCAUCACUCCACAGGAUUGCAGCUUCGCAGGCUGUUCGGCCGAGUUUAACACGUCUGAAAGAAGUGGAAGCCACCGUCCCGUCCCGCCCACGCAGCGUCACUCUCUGUCCCUGAUUGAUAUAAACUACUAUAUUCGUCACUCUUUGGCCACCGAGUUUUUACAUGUUUUCUGGAAAACAGAGUUUAAUCUGAGCUGUGUCUGAACCCCCCUUCUUUCGGUUUUUCUCAUCAUGGCCUCCAUGGCACUGAGACUGCCCACGGCCCAGCUGUGCAAGGCCGCGAGGUCUUCGAGCUUCCGGCCGUCGUUCAGAUGCGCUCAGCAGCAGACGAGGUGGCUCGCCACGCCGACAACUCACCCCGUCACCCAGAAGAAUGUCGGCACAGCAAUGGUCUUCCUCAACAUGGGCGGCCCAUCCACCUUGGAUGAAGUUGGAGACUUUUUGAGCAGACUCUUUGCUGAUGCCGAUCUCAUUCCCCUGGGUCGGCUCCAAAACUACUUGGGGCCUUUGAUCUCGAAGCGCCGAACUCCCAAGAUUCAGAAGCAGUAUGGUGCGAUUGGCGGCGGUUCCCCAAUUCGCAAGUGGUCCGAGUACCAGUGCGAAGAAAUGUGUAAGAUUCUGGACCAAAUCUCGCCCGAGACGGCGCCUCACAAGCCUUAUGUCGCUUUCCGCUAUGCCAAUCCUCUCACCGAGGAGAUGUACAAGAAGCUUCUGGCCGAUGGCUUCGGAAAUGGCAGGGGCGGCCGGGCCGUCGCUUUCACUCAGUACCCCCAGUACUCCUGCUCGACCACGGGCAGCAGUUUGAACGAGCUAUGGAAGUGGAGGCAAAGACUGGAGGGCAAGGCUGGGCCAUCAGAGGAUGGCAAGGACGGUACCAUUCGGUGGAGUGUGAUUGACAGGUGGCCUACUCACCCUGGCCUUGUCGAGGCCUUUGCGAGGAAUAUCGAGGAGAAGCUGGCCGAGUACCCCGAGGAGCGCAGAAAAGAUGUUGUGUUGCUGUUCUCGGCUCACAGCUUGCCCAUGUCUGUUGUCAACAGAGGUGACCCUUAUCCCCAGGAGAUUGGCGCAACCGUCCAGGCGGUGAUGCAGCGUCUUAACUUCUCCAACCCUUACAGGCUAUGCUACCAGUCACAAGUCGGGCCCCAGCCGUGGCUCGGUCCCCAGACGCAAACCUCUGUGGAGGAGUACAUCCACAAGGGCCAGAAGGACCUCGUGUUGAUCCCAAUCGCCUUUACGUCUGAUCACAUUGAAACCCUUUACGAGCUUGACCAGGAGGUCAUUGGCGAGUCUGGACAUCCCGACACGGUCAAGCGCGUGGAGAGUCUGAACGGUAACCCCGUCUUCAUCAAGGCCCUAGCCGAUCUCGCCAAGGAGCAUCUUGAUAGCGGACUUGCUUGCUCGCACCAGAACAGCCUGAGAUGCCCCGGCUGCAAGAGCGAGAGGUGUGCGGCGUCCAAGAAGUUCUUUGCUGGACAGGAGAUCCUCCCUGGUCACUGAAAUAAAUGAUUGGGGGAGCCUAUAAUAUCGUGUACAAUACUUCAAACAAAAUCUUUAAUACGGGCGGGUCUCAAAAAGGGAUGGACUGCGUAUGUGCAUGCGUUUUGCUUUCGAAAGAACUGGCUUUUUCCAAGAACCGGAGGCAUACAUGAAAGUUAAGAUUCUACUCAAGUUGGAACAGUGGUCGGCAGAGCAAAGGGUGGCAUGGCGACAGCGAACUACAACGAGGUGCCCGAGCGUUAUUCGGUAUCCAUCUAGAGAUCAAUUGUGCCUUGGUGAGGGUGGUGUGGUGGCUUAUCAAUCAGAGCCGAGGCAAGUUAUUUCGUCGUGGGGGAGAAUGCAAAGCACGGUAGGGAUCCCUGGCAACGUCUUAAUGGCUGCGUCAUCGACUACUGUUUAUAGUGUACUGGCCGCCCGCGGAGUCUCGGUGGUAGUGGUCAAGCCAUCACUCCAUAGAUGAGUUGAAGCGUGGCCCAUUGGGUUGCUUAGUUGGGCUCGCAUUCCGUCUAUCUACCAUCGGAAGGUGGGGGGCAAGAUGCAAACUGUACUGUAUUUGCAUCGGGUUUGCGACUCGACUAAUGGGGUACAACGAUUUGGCAAAUGUCGACGAGGGGAAAACAAAAGUGUCUGAAAGCGGACGCAGAUCCAGGGUGAGACAGCAGCAACCAAAGCAACACAAUCUCUGCGUGGAGGGUUCGGAAUUCGGAACCCUAGAGGUGCCCGGCCGACCGACCGAUUGUAGACGAGAUCGGGCAAAUUGCGUAGACUAGUACAUAGUAGGCAGGUACUUAUAAAUACCUGCUGCAGUGACAGCUGCUUCCCAAACAUCCAACCACAGGGCUUAGUACAGGGGUAGUCUGC